AGAAAUUCAAUUCAGCUAUUUUAUUGACCCAAAACAUAUAUAUAUAUAUAUAUGUUAUAUUUUAUAUUGGUUCAAGCGUGUGAUCACACAAGACGCAACUAUUAAUCUUUGCGUUUAGGUUUUAUAUCUGGGAACCUGAAGGGUCAGAUCAGUCACAGAUCUUAUACAUGGGUUCUGGGAAUUCAAAGAGAAGCCAGAGGCAAGACUCGUUGUCGUCCCGGUCGGAUUCAUCAGUAUCUUCGGAGAAAGGAUCGUUCUUUUUGUAUGGUCAAGAAAGCUAUAGUUACCCGCCUCAACAAAUCUGCAGUUCUGACUUCGCUUAUCCUCAACCGCGGUGCUAUUCGCAGACGCCGCCAGAUACGCCCAUCCACGGAGGUUCUCGGAAGGAACCCACCUUAGCGGAUGAGUUUACUUGUAUAGAACAGGUGGUAGAGGCUCUUGCACUGGCGGGUCUAGAAUCGUGUGAGCUAAUCAUCGGUAUCGACUUCACCAGGAGCAAUGAAUGGGCAGGAGCUGAAUCCUUUGGGGGAAGAAGCCUACAUGCCAUUGGUUAUCAGCCAAACCCGUAUGAGCAAGUGAUAACCACCAUAGGAAAAACCUUGGGAGUUUUCAGCAAUGAUAACUUAAUCCCAUGUUAUGGUUUUGGAGAUGCAUCAACUCGAGAUCGAGAUGUUUUCAGUUUCUAUCCGGACGGGAGAUCCUGUAAUGGGUUUGAGGAAGUACUGUCUCGUUAUAGGGAAAUCGUUCCCCAUGUUAAAUUCUCUGGACCAACCUCGUUCGCUCCAAUCAUUGAAAUGGCUAUGGCCGUCGUUGAUCAGGACAUCGGGAAGUUUCAUGUAUUAGUCAUAAUAGCUGACGGGCAGGUUACGGAAGGAGUCGACAUCGGGGUAGUAAGUCCCCAAGAGACGAUGACCCAUCGCGCUCUCGUCAAUGCGUGGAAUCUUCCUCUAUCGAUCAUCUUAGUUGGGGUUGGUGAUGGACCGUGGGAAUUAGAAGAAUUCUGCAAUACCCCCUAUCGAGUCUGUGAUAACUUCAAUUUCGUGGACUUCACGGAGAUCAUGUCGAAGAAUGUAGAGCAGAAUCAAAAGGAAGCGGAGUUCGUCCAUUCUGCUCUGAUGGAGCUACCUUUACGUUACAAAGCAUUUUUAGAGCGUGACAUGUUACGGACCUCGCGGCUAAGAGAUGGUGAUAUCGCCAAUCGAACUGCCCUUCCUCCUCCAGUACAUGUAAGCAGCCGCCCCCAAUCUGCUACAAGUUCUACACUCGAUGAACAGGUGGAUCUAUAAUUGCCGUUGGUUAGAACCACGGGGUGAAACGAUACUUCAACCAUGUCAAAAUCUUGCGGAAAACACUCUUCCGCUUCUUUGCUUAGUGGAGCAACUGUUAGUAGCCACUGGAAUAUAUAUGGAACAAUCUGUCGUAGCGGAAAUGCUGCAAUAGACUACAGUGUGCCGGUUGGAUGAGAUUCAAUGAGCCUUUUUCAUUCAAUUUUUUCUCGAUUCUGGCUUCAUUCGCGGAACAGCAUUGCCCCAAUAUGUGAAGAACCAGAGAGACAUGGCAUUUGAUUGCAGCCAUCAGGUAAUAGUCAAAACAUAUCUCAACUUCUGCAAAUAUUGGCUAAGAUGUUAUGUUCGGUUCGGGGUUGAAUCGUUUCGAAAGGCGUGUUGCGAGUGUGGAAUCGAUCUCCUUGAAUGCCCGGUUUGGCACAGCCGGGGGCUGAGAUCAGAGCCAACCCCCAAACAUUAGAGCAAACGUCUUCUUCUUUGUGAAAGUUCUCCAUAACACGGUAUGUUAGAUGCAAGUUGGUUUGCUUGGAAAUUUUCAUUUAAUAAAAUGAUCAAACGAACAGAGUUCUAACACUAUCAUAUGUGUAGAUGUCUUAGUGAGAUACUCUGACUCGGCCAGAGAGUUUCACUGUAUGCCUGGUUUACUAAAACCAGAAGCCAGAUUGAAUCAGAGGAGCUAUAUUAGAGAAUAGAGACAUGUGUAUGUUCUUGGGUUGAUUUCGGUUUAUAUUUUUGGUUUAGUUGUUUUGUAUUUUGGUUCUUCGGUUUAGACCGGUUUAUGUCUCUGGUUUAUCUACUUCAAGUACUGUAGGCGACAAUCCUUUAUAUUUUCUGGUCUAAUUGUUUUAUGGACUC